GCGGGUGCGCCGCGCGCCCGUAGUGAGAGGCCCGGAUGGAGACGCGGCGGCGCGCUGUUGCUAUGGCAGCCGGGUCCGCGCCACCGUGGGAGCAGGUGCUGGGGUCUCCCUCGCCUCGGUGUUCGAGCUCAGAAAGAGGAGGAGAGCAGAAGUGCGCCGGCCGCCCCUGUGACCCCAGCCGCCGAGGCCUACUCAGCAUUAUUCUUUAACAAACGGAAAAUGGAUGAAAAUAAAGAUAUGGACUCAAAAGAAAAUGGAGAAUAUGAAGACGAUUUUGAAAAGGACCUGGAAUGGUUAAUUAAUGAAAAAGAAAAAAGUGGUACCAGCAUAAUAGAGAUGGCUUGUGGGAAUGAAGAGAAUAUUAACCAAGAAUUAAAAGCCAAUGAAACAGAAAUAGAACACACCGAACAUUCUGAUCUUGACAAAUCUUCGAAGGAUGAGCUUUCACCAAGAAGAAAUGACUUCAUUUCUGUACCGAGUAUUCAACCUUUGGAUCCCAUAUCAGAUUCAGAUAGUGAAAACUCUUUCCAAGAAUCCAGAGUGGAAAGCCAGAGAGACCUGGAAGAGGAAGAGGAUGAGGAAGUAAGGAGAUACAUUAUGGAGAAAAUUAUACAAGCCAACAAGAUCCUACAGAAUCAAGAACCUGUGAAUGAUAAAAGAGAGCGAAAACUCAAGUUCAAAGACAAGUUAAUUGAUCUGGAAGUUCCUCCACUGGAAGACACGGACACCCACAAAAAUUAUUUUGAAAAUGAAAGUAGUAUGUCAGGAAAACUGUCACAGUUAUGUAUUUCCAAUGAAUUUGGACAGGAAAAUGUGCUCCUGUCACUAACUGAUGGAAACUGUGAAGAAAACAAGGAUAGGAAAAUACUAGUAGAGAGAGAUGGAAAGUUUGAACUUCUGAAUUUACAAGACUUUGAGAGUCAGCGGUUUUUGCCCCCCAUUCAUGCUCAUAGUACAGAAAAUGAACCUCAUCAGUUGUCCCCCAGAUCUUCCAACUCAAGUGUCAAUGGGGUGAAGAAGGAAGAGUCUAUAGCAAGGAUUCAUGCUGUUGCUCACUCAUCAGCAGAAGAGCCACUGGCUUACAUCCCUCAGCCACCGCCCAACCCCAAGACACGCCCGAGCUCUGCUGUCAACUCAGAUCGAAGUAAGGGUAAUGGGAAAUCUAAUCACAGGACGCAGUCUGCAAAUGUAUCUCCGGUGACCUCAACAUACUGUCUUUCCCCUCGACAGAAAGAACUGCAAAAACGGCUAGAACUGAAGAGAGAAAAGCUAAAGAGAGAGAUUGUUUUAGAGCUGUCCCCACAAUUCUGGCGAGAAGAUUGGAAUGAGGAAGGGGAGGAGGGUACAGAGGAAAUGAAGAUGGUGCAGAGGGAAAGGAAGAUGGCUCCAAAGGCAGGAUCUUGGUGCAGGAUGGCUGUUGCAAAGCCCAGAGACAAGGAGGAGGAGGAAGGGAACACAAUGUGCCUGAGACAGAGGGAAGAACAACGAAAAAUAGAAGAAGAGAAAGAAAAGAAAAAAGAGAAUGACAUGGUAUUUAAAGCAUGGUUGCAAAAGAAAAGAGAGCAGGUCCUAGAAAUGAGGAGAAUUCAGCAAGCAAAGCAAAUCGAAAACAUGAAUAGUAGAGAAAACAGAGAUCCACAGCAAGCUUUUCGAUUAUGGCUUAAAAAAAAGCAUGAAGAACAGUUGAAAGAAAGAAAGACAGAAGAACUACGAAAGCAAGAGGAAUGCUUAUUCUUCCUUCAAGGAACAGAGGGCCGUGAGCGGGCCUUCAAACAAUGGCUGCGAAGGAAACGGAUUGAAAAACUAGCAGAGCAACAAGCUGUCAGAGAAAGAACUAGACAGCUCCGACUGGAGGCAAAGCAUUCUAAACAACUACAGAGCCACCUGUAUAUGUCAGAAGCCAAAGCAUUUCGUUUUACUGAUCAUUAUAACUGAGAGUAUCUAUUAAACACUUCAUUUGGAAGCUGCUAUUCUCAAAAUUUUAUAUAUCAUUUCUUAUGGCCUAUGCUUUGGUCACACUCUAAAUUAUGGAAAUCCUUUUUAUCUUUUGGCGAUACUGACAGUGAAUUUCUUUUUUUUUUUUUUAACACUAAACAAAAUAAAUUUUUUCUCUCGCAGUGUUGUAUUAUGUUAUACCAUCUUGUAGUCCAUGCAACAAAUUGAACAAUAAAUGAGCUCUAGAUUCCUUUACUUCUAAAUUAUUUUAGCAUUUCUAGCUUGAAAGAACCCAAGAAAGGAACAGAUUUCUAGUCUUAGUUUCUAUUAUU